AUGGCAACAAAUGAAACACCACGUUUUGUUUCUGGGAUAGAAUUAGCUGGUGCAGGUGGAUAUGAUCAACUUCGAGUGAAACAAUAUCCAUAUCGAACACCAGAUGCAAAUGAAAUAGUAAUGCGUAUUAAAUUUUCUGGUCUAAAUUUCGCUGAUUUAAUGAGACGACAAGGACUCUAUUCACCGGUACCUAAAUUUCCUUAUGUUCCUGGUUUUGAAGCAUCAGGUAUUAUCGAAGCAGUUGGUUCAAAUGUUUCACAUUUAUCUGUUGGUGAUCGAGCUAUUGCAUUUGCUAGUGAUGGUAUGUGGGCUGAUAUUGUAACACUUUCAAGUCAUCAAUGUUUUAAAAUGCCUGAUACAAUGUCAUUCGAAGAAGGAGCUGCUUUACUUGUUAAUUAUAUAACUGCUUAUCAAAUUUUAUUUGAAUUUGGAAAUUUACGACCAAAUAAAAGUGUACUUGUACACAUGGCAGCAGGUGGUGUUGGUAUUGCAGCUAUUCAAUUAUGUAAAACAGUUAAUAAUGUAACUGUUUUCGGAACAGCUUCAGCAGCAAAACAUAGUAUUAUUGAAGAUAUGGGUUGUACACAUCCUAUUGACUAUCGUACACAAGAUUAUGUCAGUGAAAUUCGCAAGAUUUCACCGCAAGGUGUUGAUAUUAUUAUGGAUCCAUUGAAUGGAGAAGAUAGUGUUCGUGGUUUUGAUUUACUUAAACCAUUAGGUAGAAUUAUUUAUUUUGGUGCAGCAAACGUUGCUGCUAGCGGUGAAAAUCGUUCAUAUUUUACAGCAUUUAAAACAUGGUUAAAAUGUUUCGCAACAAACUCUAUGUCAAUUUUAUCAACUAAUAAGAGUAUAGCCGGUUAUCAUUUAGGAUAUUUAUUAAAAGAUCUUGAUAGUACAAAAGGCUCAGCAUUUGAAACUGUCAAUGAAUUAUUUCGAUUAUAUGAUGAAGGUGCUAUUAAACCACAAAUAGAUAAUAUUUAUCCAUAUUCAAAAGUUGGUGAAGCUAUGCAACGUAUGCAUAAUCGACAAAAUAUUGGAAAAGUCUUAUUACGACCUGAUGAUGAUAUUAAGAAAACCAGUGAAAAAGAAUAA